CUACAGCCAUCACACAGUGUACUGAGGAAGAAAAUGUCCAACCAAACCACCAUGACCGAAUUCCUUCUCCUGGGAUUCUCUGAUGUUCCAGAACUGCAGAUUUUACACUUUGUGGUGUUUCUAAUGCUUUACGUGGCAUCCCUGCUGGAGAACCUUCUCAUCAUCACAGCCAUAGCCCUCAACCACCAACUUCACACCCCCAUGUACUUCUUCCUGAUGAAUCUGUCCAUCCUAGACCUCGGCUCCGUCUCUGUCACCAUCCCCAAAUCCAUGGCCAACUCCCUCAUGAACACAAGAUUGAUUUCUUAUUCUGGAUGUGUCGCCCAAGUCUUUCUUGUCUUCUUCUUUGCUUCAGCAGAUUAUGCCAUACUGACCAUCAUGGCGUACGACCGAUAUGUCGCCAUCUGCCAACCACUGCACUAUGAGACAGUGAUGAAUAGAAGAGCUUGUGUCCAAAUGGCAGCCAGUGCCUGGAUCAGUGUUAUUCUCAAUUCUGCAGUCCACACUGGAAACACUUUUGCAAUAUCCUUCUGUGGAGGCAAUAUGGUGGAUCAGUUCUUCUGUGAAGUCCCCCAGCUCCUCAAAUUCGCCUGCUCUGGUUCAGACCUCAGUGAAGUUGGGUUUCUCAUCUUUAGUGUGUGCUUAGCCUCAAGCUGCUUUGUUUUCAUAAUUGUGUCAUAUUUUCAGAUCUUCACCACAGUGUUGAGAAUCCCCUCUGAGCAGGGCCGGCAUAAAGCCUUCUCCACCUGCCUCCCUCACCUCAUUGUGGUCUCCUUGUUUAUUUGCACUGCGACCUUUGCCUACUUGAAACCCACCUCCAGCUCAACCUCAGAUUUGGAUCUCAUGGUGGCUGUUCUCUAUUCUGUGUUGCCACCAAUGAUGAAUCCAAUCAUCUACAGCAUGAGAAACAAAGAGCUCAAAGGUGCACUGUGUAAACUGAUAGGUUGGAGGUUAUUCUCUAAGAAUAAAAUGUCCGUAUUUCUCCAUCAGUAA